GUUAACAGAACCUAGAGAAAGACAAGACCUCAUGACGAUGGACAGGACCUCAUGUGACCGGACCUGGUGUCAAUCGUAAGCGAAUGACAGUGCUUGUGGGAGAGGUGUUGUGGCACCAGCGAGCUGAGCAGUUCUUUCUCGAUGUCGCUGCUGAUGGGUAUGUGGUGGCCUCUUGCGCUGAGGCAUUGCUUCUUGCAUGCAUUUUUUGCCACUCUUAUCCUCUGCCAACGUCGGUGCUCCAGGUCAAUGAAGCAGAGGCCACGUGGUUUGGAGCACGCCAUCGGAAGAGUGGCUUUUGUUUGUUUAUAUAAUAUAAUGUUGCCAACUGCCAGAGUUCCGCAGGCGACUGAGCUGAAGCGGCAAUCUGAACUAGGGGCUUGGCACGUUUGCAGUGUGAAUGACUGCCUAGCUGAAUGCGUUGCCGCUGGCUGCAGCUGUAGCCGCUCUGUGAAUCCAGUUGCACGUGACGCGUUUCUCAGGACGACAGCUGAGCGUAUCAUCAAGCGCACCGCGGAACAUGCUGAGGUCUGCUAUACAUCACUUGGGAGUGGCUUGCUGCGCUUCGAUUUCAGCCUACUUGAGAUGCUACUGUCGAGAGGAGUGCCAGUGACGUCAGUGCACUUGGUGGACUCGCAAUACGAACCCGAUGCUCAGGGAUACAUGAGGCACCGAGUUGCAUUGGCCCAAUUUGCAUCUUGGUUUACACUGCGAGGAGUGGAGGUCUAUGUGCACUACUCCCUGGAGAGGUAUGCCUUCGAAGCAAGAAGAACUUCUGCAUUGCCGGCAAUAGUGAUGCAAGUGGAUUGCUUCGAACUCACAGCCGCCUUUGACAAAGAGGUGAAGCCAGCUCUGGAGGAGGUUCUUCAAAUAGAUGGCCUUUACUGUGCCCUGACGUCGAGAGAGGGUGCUAGUGGAGCUGGGUCGAUGGGCUCUACCUGCGCCUGGGCAGAGUUCUGGCGACUGGUCCCUGAAACUGGUCGGAUGAAGAUGGAGACCUUGACCUGUUUCAGGCCCGGUGACACCAGUGGCAUUAAUGUUGAUGUCAACAAGCCUUUGCCUCGCGUAGCAGGGCACUGACAAGGGCGCAAAAGGUGGUCAGAGAGUUGUCUUCAUUACGAGCCAUCAUGAUUGAUUGGUAGAAUCUUGUUGAAGCUUGCGUAGUGGCGCAGCCAAGCCAAGCCAUGCCAUUUAGAGUCUAUGCGUCACUG